UUGAGGGGAUCAGCAUGCCGAGGAAUGAGCUCUGAAGAGGAGGACGGCCGCGAGGGAGAUCCUGGACGCAGAAAAAGAAAAAAAAAAGAAAAAAACAUGUCCUCUGACUUGGACUCCAGUCUCACCAGCAUUGACUGGCUGCCCAAACUGGGAAUCAGUAGUCUUCGCUCGGGCAAAGAGAGAGGAGGAGGAGGAGGAGGAGAGAGGGACAAAAAGAGAGACAGGGGGAAGGAGAGAGGAGACUUCAUACCCUCGGUGCCCAGCCCCUCUGCCUCCACCUGCAAAGGGAAGCCCCCCCACAGCUACGCCACUCUCAUCGCCAUGGCCAUAGAGGCUGCUCCGGAGAGGAAGCUGAGUCUGAACGACAUCUACACCUGGAUCAGCGACACCUUUCCCUACUACAGCCGGGCGGGCCGCGGGUGGAAGAACUCCAUCCGCCACAAUCUGUCUCUCAACAAAUGCUUCAGGAAGGUUCCCCGACCCCAGAAUGAUCCUGGAAAGGGCUCCUACUGGACGAUGGACGGCCAUGCAGACGUGGCUCAGGUCAGGGCACCCAAGCGUCCCCAUCCGGAGGACGAUGAGGGAGAAGAGAGACCGGACGCUCUGAGCGCCUCGUCCGGCGGCCUGCUGCAGGCUCCCCCGGCGCCCGAGGCCCGUCCGGCGCGAGGACCCUCCCCUCGACAGCUGCAACCGUCCCCUCACGCAGACCUCCAGCUUCUGAACUCUGCCCCGCUCGGACCUGUCCGGCAGCAGCCUCCCCGCUCCGCCGCCUCUCUCUCUCCUCCCCCACGCAAGCAGCCCCCCCCCUACAUGCCGGCCCACGUCUCCGGUCUCCCCGCCUCUCAUCAGUCCGUCUCCUCAUCAGCGGAGCUCCCCAUGUCCUCCAUGAGCUCCUUCCCAGCUCCCCACCCGCCUGGCUCCACUUUCCCCGUCCCCACUGCCUCUCAGACACCUCUGCCCGUUCCCGCCGUCUCCACAUCUCCGGCCGUCCCCUCUUUCUGCGGGGCCGUGCUCUCCUUCCCCGGCAGCGCAGAACCCCCACCCGUCUCCACUUUCUCCUGCCAUGCCGACCCCACGCCGCUGCCCGUCGGGCCCGGCCAACCGCCCGCCGCCUCCUCCGUCCCCGCCCUUCCAUCGCACUCCUCCGCCGACCCCCCGCUGCGCUUCUCCUUUGACGAGCUGAACAUACCAGACCUGUAUGCGUCUUUCAAAUCGCUCUUCAAGACCAUGCGGGAGAGGGGAGGGUCCCUGUCCGACGUGGCUCCCCUGACCGUCCCAAACGACACUACGCCUCUCCACACUCCGACUCUCCCUCCGAUGUCCCCUCACCCCGCCCCAGCAGCGGCCCAGGCCUCCCACCCGCCCGAGUCGGAGCCCGCCUCACAACACACGGUGCCGCCCGACUGGUUCAGUAACCCAGGUUCCCUGAAGGAGAGCUUCCGCAUCGCCAGCAGCCUGGACUGGGCAAACAUUGACCUCUCGGGUCACCCAGACCUGCUGGAGAGCAUGCGGCAGGCGGAGCUCUGCGACUGGGCCCUGGACCCCACCCUCUUCACCUCCCUCUGCGACUCCCUGAACCGUUUCUUCUCUCAGAAAGGAAUGAUCACCCCCGGGAACAACUCCCCGCUCGCCCACGGAGCACCCCAGGGCCUGCAAAUGCUGCCAUUCAACUCCAACGCGCCUCCCACCCUGGCCAGCCUCACCCAACCGUCCCCCCUCCCGUACUCCCCGAUGGUUCUUCCUACCAACGGAGCACAGCCCCCCCGGAGGCCCCAGCACAUGCAGGCACCAGGCCUCCAGAGACCCCAGCUAACCCAGCCUGCAAACACAGCCGCUGGGAUGCAGCCUCAUCCGGCGCCACCACGGCCGCGCCCCCCACUAAAGAAUCUGCACAGCAACAGCGAAGAAUUCCAGGAUGACUUCGACUGGGAUUCUCUGAUCGUCUGA